UCCUCGGCCUGCGCGUUCCCCUUCUUUCCUCCCCAGGCGGACGGCGGGAGCCGCUGCUGCGCCCGGCACUUCCUCCUGCCCUGCCGUCCGCUUCCCGAGCAGUAUCACUCCAGAGACCCAUCCUUUAAAAAAACAACCUCCACCACCAGCCCCAUAAUCUAAAACUGGAAGAAGAGAAAAUACAACUCAAUAUAGAUUUAUUAAGUCCUUGUGCUGAGCUAAACAUCGGAGAUACAAAGAAAAGGAGGGGAAAAACACCGCCGCCUUCAACAAAAACAACCAGACCCUGUCUUCCGGGAGUUUAUAGUCUAAUCCCCAUGUGGACUAAAAUGGACAGUACAAAUAGGUAGUUUGACAUGGGCAGUAGAGCAACCCAGUAAAAAAGAGAAGAAUUAUUAAGAAAAUCCUGAUGAGUCUGUUCCAUUUUGCAACUAGACACCUGAUUCUUCAAGUGCUUCGUGAAUUGGGAUUGAAGGAUCCUCCUGCUCAUAAAACCUUAAAGAUUUGUGUAGCAAUGUCUCGUCCAACUUCAAACAUGGCGGAUUUUCGGAAAUUUUUUGCCAAGGCAAAGCAUAUAGCCAUUAUUACAGGGGCUGGAGUCAGUGCUGAAAGUGGUGUGCCAACAUUCAGAGGACCCGGUGGUUUCUGGAGAAAAUGGAAAGCUGAGGAUCUAGCUACCCCUGAGGCUUUUAUGCGGAAUCCUUCUUUAGUGUGGGAAUUCUACCACUAUCGUAGAGAAUUGAUGCUGAAGAAGCAUCCCAACCCAGCCCAUGUGGCCAUUGCAGAAUGUGAAGCCCGGCUAACUGGUCAAGGAAGGCGUGUGGUAGUCAUCACUCAGAACAUUGAUGAGCUUCAUUACCGAGCAGGCACCAGGAACCUCCUGGAGCUUCAUGGCAGUUUAUUUAAAACUCGAUGCCUCAGUUGUGGAAAUGUAGCAGAGAAUUACAAGAGUCCAAUCUGUCCAGCUUUAGAUGGAAAAGGUGCCCCAGAACCUGAUGUUCCAGAUGCCCAAAUCCCAGUUGAAAAGCUUCCUAGGUGUGAAGAAAAAGAUUGCAUUGGCCCCCUUCGACCCCAUGUGGUAUGGUUUGGAGAAAAUCUGGACCCUAACAUUCUUGACAAGGUCAACAGAGAGCUUGCUCUCUGUGACUUAUGUUUAGUGGUGGGAACUUCCUCUCUGGUUUAUCCUGCAGCUAUAUUCGCCCCACAUGUAUCAGCUAGGGGAGUACCAGUGGCCGAAUUUAACACUACAACUACCCCUGUUACACAAAACUUCAGGUUUCACUUCUCAGGGCCCUGUGGCAGCACUAUCCCUGAAGCGCUUGCCUGUCAUGAAUCUGAAAAAGAUUAAUUGUAAGCAUGAGGAAAAAAAUUUGAUUCAUAAGUACUUAGCUAUAAAUACUUAAACCCAAAAGGAGGUGGGAGAAAGUGUAUGGGGGAAAAAUUUAUAAACAGAGAAAGACCUCUGGUCCUCAGAACUGGAAAUGUAACCAAUCAAUAGAUAUUCUUAUUGUCGGUCACAAUGAUGAUAUUAAAAACUGUCAAGAAAAUAACCCAUUACAUUUGUGUUGGACUGCACCGAUUCCCAAAUAAUUAUUGGGUGUUUUAUAGUUGUGGUAAAAACUAUUUUCAUUUAUCUAGAUUUACAACAUUUAAUUUAUCUAUAAUUCUAAUAGUAUUUUUUUAUUUCUAAUAUAAACAUAAGGAUUUCCUUGGCUAAAGCAUUGCCUUUCCUCGAUUCUAAUGUUUACAUAAAUACUUUGGCAGAAAAUAAAUUGACUGUAAUUUGUUGUAUAGA